UUCGGACUGGACGGCUAAUCUCGCGAGAGGAGUCCGACUGGUCCGUGGAAUGUUUCCCUUCUCUCCACCAGCUUGCAACAUUAACCCUACCAGCUAACUGCGAACAAGCGAGCGGCGUUUCCACCGGUUCAGAGUUGAAAUGAAGGCUGUAAUUCUCGCCGCCGGGUACGGAACCAGGCUCCAGAGAGACGUAGUAGCCGACAGCAGCGGGAGGUUCGCUCACCUGGCCGGCACUGCCAAGCCGCUGCUGCCGGUGGGACGUUGUGCCUUGAUAACCCACUGGGUCCAUGCGCUGACCGCCUCCGGCUCCGUGGACGGCAUUUAUGUUGUUACCAAUGCCCUUUACCAUGCUGCAUUUGAAGAGUGGGCAUCACAUUUCACAAAUGUCAAGAUUCUCAGCGAUCAGACAAGAAGCAAUGAUGGGCGUCUUGGUGCUGUGGCCUGCCUGCAACUUGCAGUAAAGCACUUCAACAUAGAAGACCACGUCUUAGUAAUUGGCGGCGACACCCUCUUCAAAGAAGAUUUUAGCCUCGGUAAAGUAAAAGAAAGGUUUUCCGACCUCCAAGCAAAGUGUGAGGACAGCUGCCUGGUGCUCUCGUACCAGUGCAAAGAGGAGGAAACUCAGAAAUAUGGGAUAUUGGAAGUAGACAGUGAUCUUCGCGUCCUCUGUAUGAAGGAGAAACCUCUUCCUUCUGAGACAAAGUCAAGGAGAGCAGUAAGUUCACUAUAAACACUGAACAAAGCCAAUAAUGCCUGUCCACAUGGAUAUAUCAGAUCUUUAAAGUCAUGGCAGAAAAGGGGGAGAGCCACCUGAAAUGUUAUUUAAAUCAUGAGAAUAAUGGGUUUACCAACCAGAUCCUCUGUCCCUCCGGUGGAAUCAGAAAGUAUCAGGACAAUGACAUUUUUGUUUGCGUCAUCAUAUGCUAUAUUGUUCUUCAAAAGAAAUUAAAGACUAAAAGGCCUCUUAGCUCGAAUUAGGCAGUGUUUACAUCUACAUCAGAUGUAGGGAUUGUAACUCUUCCUUAGUCGCCUGAUUUACCAAGUACAUAUAAAGUCAUCAUAUUUAAUCUU